UGUUCAUGGUAAAUAAAUUCAAUCAAGAGUUGUGUCUAAUGUAAACGCGAACAGUCUCUGAUCGUUCACAUUUAUUAUUAUUGCAGGACAAAAUUCCUUAGCGAUGGCUGGAUGGCCGAACAUAAAUUUAUCGAGUUAAAUGUUCCAGAUAAUUCAAGUAAAUUAUGGUAAGUCACUGCAUGGGCGAAAAAAUUGCACACUCAAAGUUGCAAAUAAUUUUCCUUUUACAUACAGUCAGCCGUUGUUAUAGUCGGAGACGCUUUGUUAUACUUCUAUAUAUAUAUAGUAAAACCUUUCUGUUCGUUUAUUAAACCAUAAGCAAACCAUUAAACCAUAACGUCUGUACAUAAAACAAUUCUACAAAUUAAACAUUUGUUAACAUUAGGAUGUUAGGAUUAUACUAUAAAGGUCAAGGGUGGGUUGACUACAAAAUUUGUGUAGUUCGCUAUAACUACAGUCUACAGCUACUUCAAAAAUAUGUAGUCAUGCAGCUACAACUACUGCUACUUUUGAACAAUUCAGGUAAUUCGCUACUGACUACAGCUACUGCUUAAAAAAUGGCUACGCUAUAUUUUUUAGUUUUACUGUAUUUGGAGCAUCUACUAACUCAGGCUGAAAUGUAACUUAUAACAAAUCGACUUACGAGUAGCAACAGUAAACACAAAGCAACAUUUUUGUAAGCACUACAGUGUUCAAGAGUGCAAAUUGACUUUUGAAUGUUGAUUUUAAGCACACCGUGUCUCAAUAUAAUGCUAUUCUAUCAAGUUGCUAACAAUUUUAAAAAGUAGCGAAUAGCGAUUCGCUGUUUGAAAAGUAGUCAACUACUUGGCUACUUUUAGGCAAAAUGUAGUUCGCUAUAACUACAGCUAUUGUUUUAAAAAAGUAGUCAACAACUACUGGCUACAUGAAAAUUGUAGUUCGCUACAGUAGCGAACUACAACUACUUCGCUACUACCCACCCUUGAUAAGGGUUAGGUGUAGCUACUGUAUAAAAUAAAAGUUCUUUGGAACAGAGUGUUAGAAGUAAAUGGUAAGUGUUCGCUGUAAAUUGGGGAAAAUUAUAUUAAAAGCAAUUGAGCCAUGAACUGAUAAUUUUAUAUAACGUUUCAGGUGGUGGAAAGAAAAAGUCAGUUGUCUGGAUCUCAAACCUCUUGUAUCAGUUCUCUCGUCAGUGACAUGUCAGCAAGUCGUUGAUAUAUGCAGCAAGUUAGUAAUUUAUCUGUGCUAAAUCUUUCUAGGAUGCUUUCUAGAAUUGCGUUGCAGAAGGGAAAGAUAUCUAACAUCAUGUAAUAAAUAACAUUUUUAAGGUGUUAAAAAAUAUCGUGAUAUGUACUUUAUUUAUAAAGUGUGUUUUGAACCAAACCGUCCAAACAUUCUUGUGAUUUCUAGACUUUUCAUUUCAAUGUCACAUUCAAUAUGCUACUGUGGGAUCGAGCAUUGACAAAUUACUAAACAGUUUUGCUUUGUGUCUUCCUUUUUGUUCUAAUCCAGUUUUAAUUUCCAUUUCAAAUUACUUUAUUUCAGAGAAUCCUACGAUCAACUACCAGUCAUUGGAGAAGGCGGGUAAGAAGUUACUGUAACAAGACUAGAGAUUUAUUUUUUCCCCAAAAAUUCCCCAACGAGGGGGCUAUGUUCUGACAGGCAAUAAAAUACUUGGCUGUUCAACGGCGGGGGGAGGGGAGGUUUGAAUUUGAGUCUCUGAAACAGUAUUUCCGGCAUUUUUAGGAUAUUCUAACAGUGUGUAUAAUAGCACUAAAAACACGCUCGUUACAAAACAUAGUUUCUUCCCUGACAAAACGCUAACAUUUUCCUGAUAGAGGGAUAGAGUUUCCCGACAGAGACGGGCUGUAUGACUGUAUCCCCUCCUGCCCUCUCUCCCUUCUGGCACCACACCCAUGCUUUCUUUAGAAAUAUCAGUUGUAAAUUGGAACUUAUAUAUUUGGUAACGGCACCCAUGCAUUACAACAAAAUUACUAUUUUACUUUUUUUCAGUAAAAUUUCAGGUGUGGUUACUGUUGGACGUAUUAUGGCACGAAUUGUUGGUGGUCAUGUAACUACGGACAGUUGUAUUACAGAAAUCAUGUAUAAAUCAUUUACCAAGGUAAGUAACAAUCUUGCUGUCCGUACGUUAGUGUUUACCCAGAUCGGAAAUCAUUUGUGACGCAGUUCGUAGACUAGUUUAUUAUAUAGUAGACAGUGAGAUACUGAAAAAUACACAGUAAAAUAUUUUCCAUAUCUUCACUACAGUGAAGAUAUCGAUCACGUGACUUUUUCCAAUUUGCUCAUUUUGAGCGUGAAAUUUUACAAUUUUUUGCUUGGGACUAUAAACAGAACAUUACACGGUGGCUUGAAGAUAUGACUUUUAUCUUCUCGUGUUAAAAACAAUAUUUUAAAACUCACUCGCUGCGCUCGUUCGUAAAAUAUUGUUUUCACCUCUCAAAGAAAAGUCAUAUCUUCGCGUCGCCGUGUAAUAUCUUCUAUGUAUGUUCCGCAACCGGAUGAAAUAUGGCCCCAAAGAAUUGGUAUCUUUGCUUGUAAAGAAGUUGUUUUGUUUAAUCUACAAAUCAAGUAAAUGAACGAAGGUAAUAUUGUACAUUGUCAAUGUUCCAGGUAACGCAAGAUACUACUCUUGGAGAAUUAUCCAGAUUGUUGGACAGCGAUCAUUUUGUUAUCGUCGUGUUAAAGCAGCUUGUUUGUAAGUUUCAAUUUAAUGCUUGACCUUUUAUACUGCUUUCUGCAUGAUUAAGACUUCGCCCAGAUUUUGUGAUGUACUACUUAGUUAGAGGCUGAAUAACAAAAUAUUUUUUCAUGUGAAUAUAGACCGUACUCAUAAUUCGCAUUUGUUUAUUGUUUAUUGAGUUUCACACUCACACACUCACUAGUGAAUGGAUUUCCCAACAGGCUGUUGCCUAAUUGAUAAGGGAUCCGAGGUACCUACGAUUUUAACGUCUUUAUCCGAGAAGACAUUUCAUGAUGUCAGUGUAAAGGUAGCGCUUUCUCCUCAAUUAUUUUAAGACCUUGAGUAGAGGUCCGACCAAGGUUUGACCCUGCGGGUCUCCAGCUUGAAAGGCAAGCGUGGUGACCACGACAACACAACAGCUGGAAACCGGAAUAAACGCAGGAAAAUUGACAGAAAAAGUUUGCUUCCAGCUGUCGUAGGAGUGAGAAGGUUUAUUCCAGUUUCCUAUAGUGUAAGGGGGUUCCGAUUGCGAAUUAUGAAUAAGGUCUAUGUAAUCAUAGACAAUCCAGAAGACAAUCUGUGUCUUCUGGAUUGUCUAUGAUGUAAUAGAUCUUUAGAUUUAAAGAAACUUCUUUUAUUAUUUAGAUACUGGAGAAAAAGCAACAGAACAGGAGGUGGCAUCAGGCAUUGCGACACGUAUUGAUCUACUGAAGUUUAUAAGUACUAGCAAGAAGUAAAUUUUCAUUAACCAAGUUUUAAUCUUGAGAAUUAAAUAAAAAAUGUGUACUUGUACACGUUUUAUUAAGAACAAAUAUGUUUAUGUUCUAAGUAAUUAACACUAAUUUGUGGAAUAAGUAUAUCAAAUAUAUCUUUCCAAUGAUCAUAGACAUAGUAACUGUAUGGUAAAUAUUAUAAAUUGAAGUGUAUACCAAUAAUGGAUUUUAACCUCGUUGUGUUUAACAAUUAACAUUGUCAUUGCUUAGUUGAUCUCAGUUAGAGAUUAGUGACAUUAAAAAAAUUACUCGAAGUCUUGUUUAUAUUAUAUAUCAAGUAUUAUACACACAGCCACAUGAUACCUGACUUCGUUUGUCAGGAAUAUAGGCAUCAUGCACCAGUCUGAUUAUAAAUGUAAAGAACAUUUAAAAUGAUAUAUAAACGUCCUGUACAAUUAUUCCGCCAUCUUGGAUAUGCAUUCGAUAUAUAGCUACGUCACAAGUAGGGUAAAAAGAGAAUUUUUUAUCUUGCAAACCACAUGUCAUUAUCAAUAUGAAACUCGAUUUUCCGAAGUCUUUUUAGUACUCAAUUAACUCACAACAUUUUAAGAAACUUUUCGAAGAAAUUUAGUUCCACAUGAACAAGUUUUAACAAGUUUACCCUGCUUGUGACGUCAUCAAAAACUCAGUUAAUUAGGUCAAUUAUGAUACCAAGAUGGCGUACUGCACACUGUUUUUGAUCAAAAUAUUUCGAAAACGAAGCAAGGUACGAAAAAGUUGUAAGGGUCUUCAUAUAUAACUUUAAACGUUCUUUCACAUAAGACAAAGUUAAUUUUUAUUGCCAUAUCCUUUAAUAAACAAUUGAAUAGUGGUAGAUUCUUGCUUGCAUGGGAAUAUCAGUCGAAACCCAAUCCAGGUUAUAUAAUGUUAAAUGUUAUCAACAAAUUCAUUUUUGUUUAUUAACAAAUAAAAGUGAGCUAAAGAAUAAUAUGCGUUUCGAACAUUAUACAUUGAUAGAAAUAUCCAAAUUUUGUUGUUUAUCAAUGUUCAUAUUUCGUGACCUUUCUUUAUCACUGUGCCUAUAAGAAAGUUUUGGUGCUUUUGAUGACGAAUCUUGUGGAGUUGGAAAAACAAAUGCAUUCUCUUGCUUGCUCUUUCCUUCCAUAGCAACAUCUCGAAGAUUUGUC